UAUACAUAUAUACAGUUCCUUUAAAGCCCUCUUCACGAACUUUUUUGAUUCAAUAAUGGAGGAACCUUCAAAAUCGCCAUUGCCCGAAGCCUUCCUUAGGUUUCUUCAAGCAAAUGGGAUCGACCCAUCAAUUUAUAUAGCCUCUGAUUCAACCCCUCGUUACCUAAGGUUGAAACCAGGGAAUGAAGCUGAAAUUGAUGGAAUUGAAGCUGAGAUAAAGUGUAAGCUUGAGAAAGUGAAUUGGUUACCUGGUUUUUAUUCUCUUCGACCUGAUAUUUUGAUUGCCAAUUCAAAAUCAUACUUGGAUGGGAAGAUUUAUGGAAUUGAUGCUGCUUCUGGUGCUGCUGUCUCAGUCUUGAAUAUUUCACCAGGGGACCAUGUGCUCGAUCUCUGUGCUGCUCCCGGUGCUAAACUUUGUAUGAUGUUGGAUCUUCUCGGUGAUUCGGGUUCUGUAACUGGUGUUGAUGUUGCACGACAUCGGUUAGCAGCUUGUCGAACGAUGUUGCAAAAAUAUUCCUUGGGUGAUCGGUGCCGACUAUUUGUUGCUGAUGGGACAACAUUUUCUCUUGCUCCUUUGAGGGUCGAUUCCCGUUCUAGAUCAUGCGAAUCUUCGUUUGAGGAAAAGGAUGAAAGAUUUAGAGAAUGGACUUCUAGGAGGCCAUGGAAAGAAAGGAAAAGAGCUGCUAAAGCACGGGAAACCAUGUCUUUACAAUCGGUUACAACGAGUGAAAACCCUGAACUUAUCUUUUACGGACGGCAUUCCGGAGUAGUCGGUCUCAGUAAAAACAAACUGUAUAAAACCAUGUCUGAUCUCGAAGUUUCGAGCUGCGGUUAUGACAAGGUACUCGUGGAUGCAGAAUGUACGCAUGAUGGAUCGGUUAAACAUAUCCAAAAGUUCGAAAAUUGGGGAUGGACAACUCUUCAACGCCGUGUAUUGGAUGCCGUGAGAACAGAUAGCUUAACUCUACUUCAGUUAAAACUUCUAAGGAACGGUUUUAGACUGCUGAAAGUCGGGGGGUUGCUGGUUUACAGCACUUGCAGUUUGACAGUUGCUCAAAACGAAGACAUAGUAGAGCAGUUCUUGAAGGAAAACGCUCCUGCAGAACUACAGGAAAUAAAUGAAGCAGAAGAGUGGCCCUGUAAAAGUGGGAGGAUACCAAAGACAUUACGAUUUGAUCCCUUGACAUCACAAACUAGUGGACUUUUCGUAGCUAAGUUCACAAAACUCGGCGCUUAAUUAAGAUUUACAUUCUGGGGUGCAGAGAAUCGUCUCUUCGUUGCUGCACUUCAACCUCGGAUCUCGGCUGUUGCCUGUUUCACUACUUUUGGUAACACUGGUUUUUUUAUUGAUGAUCAAAAAAUUUUGUAAUUUUGGUUGUUUGUUUUAGUAUAGUUAUAAAAAUGAUCCUAAUUUAAUUAUAGAAUUUAUCGUUUCUACCUUUCUUUACCUCAUUGCAAGCAUGUUGGAUUCCAUCUUGUAGAUGUUAUAUACAUAUGCAAUUCUUUACAUUUA